UGUCACUCGUCGGUUACAGAAUCUCCGGAAAACGAAACUCGAAGCAAAACACGCUGCUGUAACCGUUGGCUAGUUUUUCUCUUCUGCCUCCUUGUGCAGCCUGGCUGGGAAAAUAGAGGGCGCAGAGUGUGCUGCCAUUCAACCCAUGAUUAGCGGACCGAUUGUGUUGUGCUGUAGCAUUUUUUCCACCGCCGCAAUCGCAAUCUUCGGUGUGCUGCGUUUCAUUGAGAAAUUUUCCCUGCUUCGUAGCAACACACACACGCGUUUUAUUGUCCGUCCGUGGCGUUCAGAAGACGCGUGCGGAAGCAAAUAUUGCACGCACACAACGGAACGGUGGCGAAGAAGAAGUGUAUUGUGAUUAGAGACUUUUCCACCGCAGCAAAAACCCAGGCGGAAGCUGGGAAAACUGUUCUGCUAGUGGGGGAAGAGUUGCGAAAGUCCUUUGUCCUGCCUUUGCUGGGAUGUGACUGUUUUGCAGGAAAAUCUUUGUGAAAAACUGUAAUCAAACUAUGUGAUCGAUCUUGUGGGCUAUUGCCUUCAAUGAGUUAGAUAAAAAAACAAGUGUUUCAAGUGUGAAAUUGUGAUUUGUGCCUGGUGCCGUCCUCGGAAGAACAAACAAACGCACACCCACGCGCGAUGUGGAAGUAGUUUUAGUAGUUCCUACUUAGGUUGCGAAUUUUAACACCUAAAUGCAGCAGCAGCAGCAGCAGUACUAUCUUGUCAAGCUGCAAUCCGACAUCGGUCCAGUCGCUCCGUUCCGCAAAAUUCCCAACCCCAGUAGAACACUAAAAUAUUUAAACUCAUCCGCAGUAUGAAACAAGGAACAGCAAAAAAAACUAUUUUCUAGAGUGCUCAGCCACAAACAAAUAGAUAAGCCAACGAGUGAUAAGUGAUGGCGAUAACAAAGUGACGGACACCUUUUUCCGCGCUUCUCGCUAUACCCAGAGGUCGGGGCGGGCAUAUAAAGGUAAUGCAAUUAUUGCCGACUAAAAGUGCCGCAUUUCGGGUGAUUCCGUCAGUGACAGUGUAACCGAGCGAUGACCAACGCCGUAGGCGACGGGAAGAACCAAUGCAAACCGUUGGCAGUGGCGUUAUUAAUCGCAACUUCAAUACCGGCAGUCAAGUGCACUCUCGAGAAACCCGGCAGUGGCGUUGCCUGGGUUUGUGAUUUGUGAUUGUGGUUUUAGUAGCGCAGAUAUUUGUUUUGUCGGUUUUUUUUUUUUCUUCACCUGGUUUUGUUCAUCGGAAACAACCGAGCACCGUGUGUGUGCUUGGAGUGUGCUGCUGAGCGGACCUGAGCCCCUGUUUGAGUCGAGUCCAGUCGAGUCGAGAAGCCCUAUCAUGUGGUCCCCGGAAGCGGAAAUCAACUCAAUUGCUUUUACCACCAUGCGGCAUUCGGUGUCCGCGUCGUCCGGAAUCUCAUCGCUAUCCAGUUGUGGUGAUCCAGAUCGACUACCGGAACUGCCCCCGGGCGAUGAACAACGAUUGCAGCGAGCCGCCCUCAAUCUACAGCAGAAGCUUAUCCUGCGAGAAUGGCUCAAGGAGCACCGACUUCAGCACUAUUAUUCCAGGUUGAUAUCCAUCGAGGUCACAUCCCUGGAGGACGUCUACUGGCUGGAAGACUCCCGAGCCAGCCAGCUGCUCGGAAAAGAUUGGCCCCUCUGGUCUCAGGCGCGCCAGAAGCUGCCAACCUCCAAGUCCAACCUGGAAGCCCUGAAGGCGGACCUGUGGUCAACGGUUGUGAAAUCGAGCCAGCACCAGGACGCCUGGACAUGGGGUGGAAUGUUGGUUGUGUCGGUGUCGGUGGCCGGUUUGGUGACGCUGGCCGCCAUGACGCAGCCCUCGUUGGCCCCGGAAGCACGACAUUCCCUGCUGCAGUACGUGACCGGAAAAUAUCUGCUACCGGCCAACUGCAAGGUGCACUGGGAUUGGCAGGAUCCGGCCAUCGUCGGUGGAACCAUGUGCUUUACGGUUCGAUUUCACCAGCGGAAUGGCCAAGCCUACCCCAUCUGUGAUACGGAUCAGUUUUUCGUGGAAGUAACCGAGGGAACCCGCAAAAUCAUUACCAUCAGCGAGUUGGGCUCUCCAACAGAUCCGAACAACGCCAACAUUGCCAAGGUGAAGUUCACUGUCCGCACAGCUGGGCAGUACAAGAUUUCGGUACUGAUCGGUUCCAGUCACAUCGCGGGUAGUCCCUUCGUGAAAACUUUUAUUCCUGGUCCGAUGGAUGCCCGUCGAUCACGAUUGAUUCGUCCUGCGAGUACGGUUGUCUGCUGCGCCGGAGCACCGACAUUCCUGCACAUUGAACCACGCGAUGAGCACGGAAACACGUGCCAAUUCACUCCGGACUGCGAUCCCAUCAAGGGUUACAAAAUCGACCUUUUUGAUCUGUACGGAAAUAACAGUGAUAAGCACUGUAACGCCAUUACCCUUUCCUACGAUAAAGUAAACUCAAGAAUCAGUCUAACGGCUCUGUUUCCGGAACCGGUGUGCCUUCGGGCUGUAAUCAGCUACGAAAACCAUCAAAUUCCGAACGGAGAUUUCGACAUCAUUGUCCUGAGCAGCAGUGACACGACUUUGGUGCACAAAAAUAUUGCUUCCAGGAAGCACAACAUUUGCUACGAGGCUAAGCUGUUCGGAAUUUACGGCCAGCAGCGCUGGUCAAAGCCACGGAAGGUGCUCUGCUACGUUGGACCAAAGCAGGUCACCAUCAAGGAGAUGAUCCUCAAAAUCAUUCCCAAACGGAUUGCCACCUUUCGGUUGUGUCCGUCAACAAAGUUCCACUUUUUGCCACCAUCGAACGUCCAAGUAAACAAUGGCCACGGGGCGAUUUUCAUAAUCGACGAUGGCUGCCAGCCGAAGAUCGAACUGGCCUCGAAGGAGCGCAACGUGAUCGCAGCCACGUUUACCCACUUCCUGCUGAAGAACAUCGGUGGUUCGGAAACGUUCAAAGACAAACAGGACUUUUUCUACCACGAAGUGAGACUCGUGCGAAAGUUCCAUUCCAAUUACUACCACGAGAAGAUUUCGCUCAAAGUGCAGCGGGACAAAAUUCUUGAGUCGAGCAUGAAGGCAACCAAACAUUUUUCCGUGUCCGAUUGGUGCGGUAACUUUGAGGUUACAUUCCAGGGGGAACAGGGAAUUGAUUGGGGUGGUUUGCGGAGAGAAUGGUUCGAGUUGGUUUGCAGUGCUCUGUUUGAUGCUCGCGGCGGGCUGUUCUGUACAUUCCACGACAAAAGACAAGCCCUCGUUCAUCCUAAUCCGAAUCGGCCAUCGCAUCUGAAGUUGAAGCAUUUCGAAUUCGCCGGGAAGGUGGUCGGCAAGUGUCUGUACGAAAGUGCCCUUGGCGGAACGUAUCGGCAGUUGGUGAGGGCACGAUUUUCCCGUUCCUUUUUGGCGCAGCUUAUUGGACUGCGGGUGCAUUAUAAAUACUUUGAGCAGGAUGAUCCGGAUUUGUAUCUUUCGAAGAUUAAGUACAUAUUGGACACGGACUUGGAUAGUAGUGAGAAUCUAGAGUUGUACUUUGUGGAGGAGAUCUACGAUGCGGCUGGUCAGCUGACGAAGACGGUUGAACUUAUUCCGAACGGGGCCAAAACGAGGGUCACCAAUGCAACCAAGAACCAAUAUCUUGAUGCCUUGGCACAGCAGAGGCUGUGCAACAAUGUCCGAGAGGAGAUCGACAGCUUUCUGAAGGGCCUCAACGGGAUUAUACCGGAUAAUUUGCUGAGCAUUUUCGAUGAAAAUGAAUUGGAGCUAUUGCUGUGUGGUACCGGCGAGUACUCGAUCGCUGAUUUCAGAGCCAACCACAUUGUCAACGGUGGCUCGCCCGAGUUCCGUCGAGUGCUUGGGUGGUUCUGGGCAGCAGUUGGAAACUUCUCACAAACCGAAAUGGCCCGGUUGCUGCAAUUUACCACAGGCUGCUCUCAGUUACCUCCAGGAGGCUUUCAGGAACUGAAUCCUAGAUUUCAAAUUACUGCUGCACCGACGUUUGGAAACCUGCCGACGGCGCACACUUGUUUCAACCAACUUUGCCUGCCGGACUACGAAAGUUACGAGCACUUCGAGCGCGCCUUGAUGUUCGCCAUCAGCGAAGGCACCGAGGGCUUCGGAAUGGUAUAAUUUUGUUCCAGCCCUAUUCCGGCCCGGAGUAGAACGAACACAAAUCGGAAACCGAAAAGCACAAAUCGUACCACACUAUUAAUUACUAAAUACUAAUACCUAAUACCGCUUACCAGUAAUGUUUAGCAACCCAAAGAAAGACCAAAAAAUUAAAUUGUCAAUUCAGCGUCAACCUAUUGGUAGCGGCAGGGCCGCUGGAAUAUAUUACCGAUGAGAUUCAUUCCUAUAUUGCGAUAGGGUAGACAGGUUUACCGUGUCGAAAAGUAGAAUUAGUAACAACCAAGCUUUUAGUCGCUUGGAAAAGUCGAAAGCGAUCAGUGCCUGCUGUCAGGACGUUGCCGACCAAAAGAAAAGAAAAAAAAACUGGCAUCAAGUUGUCAAGUGGGUUUCAACAAUCAACCGUAUUUGUUCCAUUGGUGCCAAAAGCAUUGGUAUUUUGGUUCUUAGUUUUGCUAACGUUAGAAGAAAUGAAUCAAUUGUCACUAGCUAAUAGUAUUGGAAUUUAAGAUUAGUGCCAAACUUUGCCUAAACAGUUUCGAUUCUGAUCGGCGAUAGGCCGUUAUAAAUGUUCGCCAAGUGCGUUCGAUAAUACAAAUCAGCGAUCUCAUUCUUUAUUUGAAUAAGCAUGCGCCUUAAGAACCAAGUAGAAGUUAAAGGAAACGAGUUACAAUUUGAUAUGAAAACAAAAAGAAACUUACUUUGAAAAAUGUCAUAUUCAGUCCAGUUUGACCCGUUAAAGAGGAAUAAUUUAGAAGACUCAUAUCAGUGACGUAGGCUAUAAAUGUACGAAAAACAGAAAAAAAAACAUCAUCCUGCUCACUCGAAACGUAUCAGUCGUAAAAAAAAAACUAGUCAGUCAUCCUAGCCGAUAGAAGCUUACUCACAAACCGAGCUAAAAAAAACUGUUGACGCGGUACCUAAAAUUCAUUCCAACAGGAAACUCAAUUGAUUACUUUCGACACUGUAGAUUCUAGCGGACAAACAUUUUAGAAUCUGACACAAAGAAAAACUCUGGUUCUGUGAUACGGCAAAACUCAAAAACAAAAUAGUCUCUUAAGCAUUCACUAUUAAUAUCAACUACCAGUUCAGUUGUAGGACCAACUAGUAAAAGAAAAAUUACACAAAAUAUUUAUCGUAUCUCAUCUUAUUGUUCUCGAAGCAUUUAGCACCGGCAUAUUGGUAGUUGUACUGUAAUUCCACACAUUCGAAACACCCUAACACUGCUAACAUUCCUAAUCAUUAGUGAAGUCAAGAUAAAUCCGCGUAAAAGUUUUAGUUGUUGAUACUUCAGUUGCAAAUAAAUAUGCUAAAUAUUAUGAGGAUGUUGUUCAGACCAGUUUCGAUCCUCCCAAUCCGUUCCAUGCUCUCCUGCCCGAUCAUCUUCGCAGACAUUUAUAGCUUGAAAACUAGCCAUUCGCUGUGAUCAAAGUAGAUGCGCUUCCAAGUAGCAAGGUUACGCAUACCAGCAGCCAUCUAGUAGCAAGAGUGUAGAACUAGCAGUAAUGGUAAAGCUUCGCCAUUUGUGCCAUAAAAGAAAGAGACAUUAUAGCAGCUUUCAGUUCUUCUUUUAGUUCAGCUUCUGCGAGUAGCGAGAAAAUGCCUCUUUGUAAUCAAACAUCUACCAAACGUAAGUUAAUGAUGAAUAUAUGAGGAAAAUCGUUUAAUUACCUUUGGAAACCAUGACUGACAGUAAUACACAUUUUCAGUCACUGGAAA